AUGUUCAAUGGUGAUAAUUACCAGCUAUGGGCUGCAAGAAUGACAUCUUAUCUUGAAGCCAUGGAUCUUUGGGAAGUUGUAGAAGAGGACUAUGUUGUUCCUCAACUUCCAGAAAAUCCUACCAUGGCUCAAAUCAAAGUUCACAAAGAGAAGACAUCAAGGAAGUCAAAGGCAAAAGCAACUCUGUUUGCUGCAGUCUCUACAACCAUUUUCAUAAGAAUUAUGUGCCUCAAAACUGGAAAAGAAGUGUGGGAUUAUCUGAAGGAGGAAUAUGAAGGAGAUGAGAAAAUUCGAGGCAUGCAGGCUCUCAACUUGAUCAGAGAAUUUGAGAUGCAGAGAAUGAAAGAAUCAGAGACUAUCAAGGAGUAUUCAGACAGAUUACUGGAUAUUAGAAACAAGACACAAGAGCAACGUAGGCUUAUGAGACAUGAGCAUGUUGUUGAAGGUGCUCUACCGGCCAAGCAUCGAGAUGAACGAAAGCAAAAGAAGAAGAGUGACAAAAAUUCCUCAUCAACUUCUGUUGUUGAAGAUUUUGUCAACAAUCAGAAUCAAACCAAAGUUCAAACUCCAAAAAAGAAUUAUCCACCUUGUAAGCAUUGUGGUAAAAUGGGUCAUCCUCCAUUCAGAUGUUGGAAAAGGCCAGAUGCAAAGUGCAACAAAUGUAAUCAGGUCGGUCACGAAGCUGUUAUAUAUAGAAGCAAUACUCAAAAGCAUGAAGAAGUCCAUAAAGCUACUCAAGAUGAAGAAGACCAUAUGUUUGUUGCAUCUUGUUAUUCAACAACAAUUUCUCCUGAAUGUUGGCUAAUUGACAGCGGGUGUAUAAACCACAUGUGUAAUGACAUCAGCCUCUUUAAAGAGGUAUUUCCUUUGAAGUCUAGGAGAGUGAAAGUAGGCAAUGGUGAAUACGUUAUAGUCAAAGGAAUUGGAACAGUUGCAAUUAUAACUACUUCAGGACCUCAAAGAACACCAUCAUUGCAAGGUAAUGUUUACCACAUUAUUUUCAUUGAUGAUUUUACAAGAAUGUGUUGGACUUACUUCAUGAAGUUCAAGUCAGAAGUGACUGAUGUUUUCUGGAAAUUCAAAAAAAUGGUUGAAAACCAAAGUGAUUGGAAAAUUCAAGUGUUGAGGUCUGAUAAUGGAAAGGAGUAUACAUCAGAAAAAUUCAAUAUGUUCUGCAAGGAAGCCGACAUUGAACAUCAGCUCACUGUUCCAUAUUCUCCGUAG